CUAUGGGGUGAGCUCAGUGCAUUGCGAGAACUCAGUGAUACUGACUUGACUGCAAACAUACUACGAGUCAUCAUCAUCACUCAGUUACAUGCCAUGUAUCAAGGGAUCCAGAAAGAUCCUGAUAUUCCUUGUUGUCGCCUUUCUGGCUAUCAACAUUUUUGAUUGGAGUGGUCAUCGUGAUAGCAACGAUGCAUACUUCAGAGGAGGAACUUAUUCUCUUUGGCACUUAUCUGUGUCAGAUUAACUUUGUGGGAGAUGUCUUACUUCUGUAUUCCAUGACUUGGAUACUCGGUACCGUGUGGGAGGUCCUCGCACUAUGCCUCGCAGUUUGGAUUGCUAUAAAACACUUCCGCGAACUGCGACGUCAUUCGGCAGGAGGUAUUAUCGGGGACUGUUUCACGAUGUUGAUCAAAAUUCAGAUGGUUUACUUUGCGAGCGCUCUUGCUGUUUCUUGCUUUGCCCUCAUUGAUUAUUUAUCUCCAAUAAUCUCAGCGGACCAAAAUUCCCUAGGGGUUGAGACUUUUUAUAACUUUCUUCAGAUCUCGGCGGACAUGCAGUCGUUUGUGCUGGGACCACGCCUGAUCCUUGGCAUUCGCGAAUACCACGCUAAGCUCGUGGCCGACUCCGACGCAGCAACUGGUAUGACCUCAAUCGCUUUUCAAGAGCGCGUGCAUGUAUCAGCUAGCAGUAGUGUGUGACACGAGAUGUUGAUGGUUAUUUGGUGCUCUGCAGGAAGCAGGAAAAUUCGUGUUUUGUCUCCAUUCCAAGCUUCAUCGUACCUGUGCAACAACACCUUCAAUGUUCCUGCUCAGUCAGCCUCGUGUAUGUUCAUUCGGAUAUCACUCCUUCACCCUAUCGAUCAACAUGGAAUCUACAACAACGAUGGAAUUACUUUUGGAUGUGUACCACUCGUCUGAAAAAUUGUUACAGUAUCUAACGGUCGAGCUCCAGGCGGCGCCCGCGUUACUAGUUCCAGGUCACCUGCGGCCGCGUGGAUGCAGUUACGGCC